AUGGAUGUCUCAGGCAACUUGCCAGAUGAUGAUUAUUCCACUGAACAACUAGUAUCAAAAGACGUUUCAGGUGGUACCAGUGGUGGUCGUAAACUACCGCCAAUACCUACAGUUAACGAAACUAAGCCAGACAAUGCACUGUCAGAGAGUAAAAGAAAAAAUCCCAAAGCACAAUUAGAUCGCCGGAAAAUAAUAAAUAGUGAACACGAUGGCCCCAGACGACGAUCAUUAAGUCUAAUUGUUGAUAGAAGAAAAUCCGUUUCAGUUAAUGGAAGAUCUUCUUUUAACAAUUCACCUACUUUGGGUCAUUCAGUGAAGUACAAUCGAAUAAGUAGAGUUAGCGAUGAGAGUGCCGAUAAUGAUUCUGUCUCGGCAUCAAGUGAUCGUGGUACUGCCGGUAAUUUAAAUAAUAUAUUAACAUCGGGCACAUUAGAAGUUCGUUUGAAAUAUGAUGUUAAAACAAGUAAAAUGUGGGUAUUUGUUAUUAAAGCUAAUUUUGAAACAACAAAAAAGCUUUCAAAACAAACACUAGUACAAAUUCAUUUGACUGUUUUACCCAAUAAACGUAUUCGAUUUCGGACAAGAUCAAAGCAAUGGGAAGAUACAAUGUUUGCAGAAGAAUUCUUCUGCAAAGUUUCACCAGAAAUAAUGCAAACUCAAGGCAUCCGUUUUCGUUUAUAUAUGAAUGAACGUUUAAAACGACAACAUCUACUUGGCGAAGCAACCGUGAUGUUUGGAUUAAUUAAUCUUGAAGAAGACAUGUGUAAAUUAAUAACUUUUGAACCCAAAUCAAUGUUGUAUAUACCAAAAGAGUCUGAUUCUGGUACUGGUAUUCAUACUACAGACAGUGUACUAUCAUCUCGUCGAAAUUCAUCAUCAAUAACACAAUCACAAAUUCCUGAAAUCGAAUUAGGCUUAGCGUAUGAUCGCAUACAAAGUCAUCUUAUUGUAGAAAUGGGAAAAGGAUUUAAUUUUGGUGUAGCUACACAGGGCAGAGCACCAGAUACCUGUGCUAAAAUUAGUCUUCUCAAUAUAACUGGCGAGGAAAUAAUAUCGAAUCGUACCGUACUUAGACGAUCUCAAUAUCAUCCUGUAUAUGCUGAAAGAUAUUCAUUUAAUAUUCAAGAAAGUUUACUAGACACGAUAACGUUGUUGAUAACAAUAUUGAACAAAAAAAAUAUUCGAAAAAGUGAACCACUUGGAUGGAUUGCAUUUGGUCAGGGUGUGAAUGGUGAUCUACAAAUAGCCCAUUGGGAUUCGAUGCGAAAUGCCAAUGGUGAAACAAUUACGAGACGUCAUAUUCUACUAGAAAGUUAA